AUGACAAGUGACAACCCAUGGAACAACGGUUCAACUUCUCAAGAUUUAAUAAUAAAAGAAACUUUAUUCAAUCCUAAAGUUCAUGAAAAAUUGGAAAAUUUAGUAAUUCGUCAUUCUAAAUUAUCCGAAACAUUAUCUAAUCAAAUAUCAUCAGAUAAUCCAGAUAAUCCUGAAGAAAUAGCAAACCUUUCUAAAGAAUUAUCAAGUUUAAUUGAUAUAACUAAUUCUUAUAAUGAAUUAAAGAAAGUGCAAGGUGUAGAACUUGAAGAAAUUAAAAAAAUAUUACAAGAAACUACAACAUCAUCAGAUGAAGAAGAAUUUAAAAAUCUUAUACAAGAAGAAUAUCAUGAAUAUUUGGAAAAAUUAAAAUUACUUGAACAACAGGUAAUCCAAGGUUUAUUACCAAAAGAUUUAGCUGAUGAAGGAAAUGCCAUAAUUGAACUUCGAGCUGGAACUGGAGGAGAUGAAGCAGCAUUGUUUGUUAAUGAUAUAUUAAGAAUGUAUGAACGUUAUGCAGAAUUAUGUAAAUGGAAAUUUGAAAUCUUGUCUAAAUCAGAAGAUUCUAUUGGAGCUAUUAAGGGAGUUAUUGCUACAAUAUCAGGUAAAGGUGUAUUUGGAAAUAUGAAAUUUGAAUCAGGAGUUCAUAGAGUACAAAGGGUUCCUAUAACAGAGAAAGCUGGUCGGAUACAUACGAGUACAAUUACGGUUGCAAUAUUACCAGUUCCAUCUGAGGCAGAUGUGAAAUUUAAAGAAUCUGAUUUACGUAUAGACUAUUAUAGAUCAAGUGGUAAAGGAGGUCAGCAUGUUAAUACAACAUCAAGUGCCGUUAGGAUAACUCAUAUCCCAAGUGGUAUUGUAGUAUCUAUACAAGAUGAAAGAUCUCAACCGAAAAAUAAAGCAAAAGCAUUACAAAUAUUACAAGCGAGAUUAUAUGAUAUGGAAAGAAAUAAAUUACAUCAAGAAAGAAGUGAAAAUAGAAAACAGCAGGUUGGAACUGGUGAGAGAUCCGAAAAAAUAAGAACUUAUAAUUUUGCACAAAAUAGAGUAACUGAUCAUAGAAUUAAUUUGACAUUACAUGAAUUGGAUAAUGUAUUAAAUGGUGAAUCAUUACAAGUUAUUGUAGAUGGACUUAAAGUACACAAUCAAAUUGAUAUAUUACAAAGUAGUUAUAUUUAA